AUGGCGGCGCCGGCGGCCUUCGGCCUCGACCCCGUGGAGACGCUGCAGGAGGAGGCCGUGUGCGCCAUCUGCCUCGACUACUUCGUGGAGCCCGUGUCCAUCGGCUGCGGCCACAACUUCUGCCGCGGCUGCAUCGCCCGCCUGUGGGGCGCCCCGGGGGGGCCCGGCCCCCGCGACCCCCUCCCCGCCGAGCCCCGGGGCCGCGAGGACGACGACGACGACGAGGAGGAGGAGGAAGGAGCCCCCGAGGAGGAGGAGGAGGAGAUGUGGAGCGAGGAGGAGGAGGAGGAAGAGGAGGACUCGGAGCUGUGGGAGGUGCCCGUGGAAGGCGCCGCGUGGGCCGGCGCCGCCGCCCGCCCGCUCUAUUUCGCCGACGAGGACGAGGACACCGAGGACGCCAUGGAGGAGGACGUGGAGGAGGUGGAGGACGACGAGGAGGAGGAGGAGGAGGAGGAGGAAGAGGAGGCCGCCGGCGGGCAGCCCUUCACCUGCCCCCAGUGCCGCCAGAGCUUCUGCCGGCGGGAUUUCCGCCCCAACCUGCAGCUGGCCAACAUGGUGCAGAUCAUCCGGCAGCUGCACCCGCGCCCUCCCGGCGCCGAAUCCGCAGCCGGCGCGGCGCGCGGCGGCGCCGAGCUCUGCGCCAAGCACCAGGAGCCCCUCAAGCUCUUCUGCGAGGUGGACGAGGAGGCCAUCUGCGUGGUGUGCCGCGAGGCGCGCGGCCACAAGCACCACAGCGUUGUGCCCCUCGACGAGGUGCUGCAGGACCUGCAGAACAAGCUGCAGGAGCAGCUGGAUCCGCUGCGGCAGAAGCUGGACGCGGUGCUGCAGCAGAAGAGCCGCGAGGAGGAGAGAAUCACGGAGCUGAAGGAGCGGCUGCGGCUGGAGGCGGCGGAGCUGGAGGCGGAGCUGGAGGCGCUGCAGCGCUUCGUGGCGGCCGAGCGGGCGCUGCAGCGGCGGCAGCUGCAGGAGCGGUACGAGGCGCUGCUGGCGCGCCGGCGCCGGCGCCUCGCGCGCCUCGCGGAGCAGAGCGGCGCCCUGCAGCGCCUGCUGGCCGAGGCCGCCCGGCCCCGCGCCCGCCACCGCGGCCCCCAGCUGCUGCAGGACCUCAAAGGAAUUUUCAUCAGGUGCGAGACCAUGAAAUUCCAGGAGCCCGAGGCGAUCCCGGCGGACGCGGACAGGAAAACCCGCAACUGCUUCCUGCAGGACGUGGUGAUGAGGAAGAUGGAGAAGGUCUUCAACAAAGUGCCCCACGCCUCCGUCACCCUGGACCCCUCCACGGCCCACCCGCGCCUCAGCGUCUCGGCCGACGGGCGCUCCGUGCGCCUGGCCGCGCGCCGGCCCCGCGACCACCCCAAGGCCUCCGAGGGCGACUGCUCCGUGCUCGGCUCGCCCGGCUUCAGCGGAGGCCGCCACUACUGGGAGGUGGAGGUCGGAGGCCGCCGCGGCUGGGCCCUCGGCGCCGCCGGCGCCCUCCCCAAGCGCCAGGUGUGGUGCGUGGGCACGGACGGCAAGCGCGGCCCCGGAGCGCCGGGAACGCCGGGAAUGCUGGCGCUGGCGCCCGCCGAGCGGCCCCGGCGCCGCCUCGCCGUCUACCUGGACUACGAGCGAGGCCAGCUGGGCUUCUACGACGCCGACGCCAUGAGCCACAUCCACACGUUCCAGGCGGCCUUCGGCGAGCGCGUCUUCCCGUUCUUCCGCGUGCUGGCCAAGGGCACCCGCCUCCGCAUCUGCACCUGAGGCCGGGGCCUCCCGCGGGAUCCGCCUCCCUUUGGCCUCCCCCUGCUGCUGCCUCCCUUUUCCA